UCAAAUAUUUUACUAACAGAUUGGGGCGGGCUUUUGUGGGGUUCGCUUCUAUAGAUACUGUUGAAGGGGGCUUUUGAUUGCCCGCCUCAAUAGACACUAGUCUAAAGGGGCGGGCUUAUGUUUGUUCGCUUCAACAGGUCUUCACAAUCUACUGCGUUUUAAUUCUAUCUCCUCCUCAUUUCAUCUGUUUCAUUUCUCUCUCUUCUCUUCGCUCUCCUCUCUCCUCUCUCUCCUGGUUCAAAACUCCUCAAACCCGCUAUUUCGUCAACAAAUCGGGCUACCUCUCCUCACAGUCGUUGGCUUCCAUGGAAGCUUUUCCUCCGCCUUCCAUGGAAGAGUUACAAAGCUAGGGUAUCUCCGCGACCUCUCUCCCUCGACUCUUCAAACUCGUCGAUUUGUCUCCCUCCUCAAGCUAGGGUAUAUCGAUUCGACCGUCAUCUACUUAGCAUUCUCGAGGAAGACGGCGUCGUUCUCCAAAUGAGGUAACUCUUUCAUCUCUCUCCAUCUCUCCUGCAUUCUUCAAUUCUUUUAGGUUUUUGAUUUUUCAUAUUAUUUUUUAUUAACUUUUUUGAUUUAUAAUUUAGGUUUUUGAUUAUUUUUGUUGAUUUUAACGAUUUUUUAUUUUCUAACGGGAGGUGCGGCUCGGGUUUCGGUAGGUCGUGGGUGGUCGGAUGAGGCGACGCAAGCAAGGUGAUGGCUUGCUGGUGGCUCUGAUCUUGCGGUGCUAUAUAUCCAAGUCCUGCAGCAUCUAAAGCUGAGUUAUAUGUAGUCAUGACCAGUAUGGUUUAUUUCAGGAUCACAACCAUGCUCAAUGUGGAAUUACAGAGUGUAGUAAACUGAAGGAUUUGAAGACUGCAUUUCUGACAGAUGACGCAACAACAAUUUGUUUAGAGAUUCUGGAGAAAGGAGAUCUUCAAGUUGCAGGGAAAGAAAGGGAGGCUCAAUUGUCACUUCAGUUUCGUGAUAUUGCCACCAUUGUCAUGGAAAACACCAUUAAUCCUGACACGAAACGCCCUUACUCGAUAACUAUGAUCGAACGUUUGAUGCAUGACAUCCAUUUUGCUGUUGAUCCUUAUAACAGUUCCAAAAAGCAGGCACUAGAUGUUAUUCACCGGCUUGUAAAGAAAUUUCCCAUCAAAAGAUCUCCAAUGAGACUUCGACUUACUGUUGGUGAGAAGAAUUUUUCCACUAUAUUGGAGAAGCUAGGCACUUGGAAUGGUGAGAUUGUGACUAUGGAUGAAUCUGGAACUCAAUUUUCAGUUGAUGACCAGAAGAUGGCAGCAAGGUUGGCUAACACAAUGUGCAAUUCACUUAAAGGAAGACCUGCCCUGGUAUAGUCAUACUUCUUUUUA